AUGACAGAAGGCGCCAUCAGUCCCGUUGAUACCACUUUCGUUUUUUUCGCGAUGGCCAUGGUGCAGCUCAUGACCCCAGGCCUGGCUCUGUUCUACGGAGGAUUGAUGCGGGAGAGCAGCGUGAUCACCAUUAUGAUGCAGAAUUUUGUGACCAUGGGAAUCGUCACGGUCCUCUGGUUCCUGUUCUUGUACUCCAUGUGUUUCGCCGACACGUGGGUCGUCGUUGCCAACCCCUUCACUCACGCGUGCCUGCGCGGGGUCAGCAUGUAUGCGCCGAACGGGAUCGCAACGACCAUCCCCGCACUGCUCUUCGCGGGCUACCAGGGCAUGUUCGCCGUCAUCACCCCCGCACUGAUGACGGGCUGCUUCGCGGACCGCUUCCUUUUUGGUCCCUACCUGCUCUUCAUAACUGUCUGGAUGAUGCUCGUGUACGCCCCUUUUUGCCACUGGGUAUGGGGCGGCGGCUGGCUGGCGCAGUGGGGCGUCGUCGACUUCGCGGGCGGCAUCGUGGUGCACAUCACCGCGGGCUUCUCGGCGCUGGCCAGCCUGCUGAUGGUCGGGCGGCGGCACGUGCCCGACGGUAUGGCGAAGGAGGACCUGGACGUGCCCCACAACAUUCCGAUGGUGGCCACUGGCACCGCCAUGCUCUGGUUCGGUUGGUUCGGCUUCAACGGCGGCUCGGGCCUCGCCGCCAGCGGCCUCGCCGUGGGUGCCGGCGUCAACACCGAGAUCGCGGGCUCCUCGGCGUGCCUGGUCUGGAUGGUCCUGGAUUGGAAGCUCAACAAGAAGCCCACCCUCGUGGGGAAGUGCGUCGGCGCCAUCGCUGGGCUGGCCACCAUCACGCCCUGCGCUGGGUUCGUCCAGCCGUGGGCCGCCUUCAUCAUCGGAGUGAUCGCCUCGCUCGCGUGCUACGCCUGCUGCGAGUUCCGGAGAAAGUUCGAGAUCGACGACGCACUAGACGUGUGGGGCGUGCACGGCAUGGGCGGUUUCAUCGGGACCAUUCUCCUCGGGGCUCUGGCCGACCACCCUGAUUGCCUGAACGCCGACCCUGAGACGAACACAGUCUGCAUCAACCCAGGGACCGUGGUGCGGUCUUGGUCGCAGCUCGGCAAGCAGACGACGGCCGCCUUCUUCUGUGCGGCGUACUCCUUCGCGGUGACCAUUCAGAGAGCCAGAGAUGCCUCAAGCUGA